AUGCCUCUCAUAUCUCGAUAUUUCCUAUUUUCAUUUAUAUUGUUGAAUAUCGGCGGCAGCGGCUGCGACCGUUGGAUUCCUCUCACGCUGGAUGAUAUCGAGAGCGACUACAUGGUUGAGCUCGCAAAUUACACAGUGGACGAGCAAAACAUAAAGAAAAAAACGAAUCUGGUAUUCAAACAAUUGUUCAGCGGCUUCAAACAGGCAGACUCGGGACUUGAGUACGCACUGUUUGAAGAAGCCACCGAUUACGGGAAUUGCACCACAGCUGUCAGGAACAGCUGCGCCUCCCACAAAAAAAUCGGCGGCAGCGGCUGCGACCGUUGGAUUCCUCUCACGCUGGAUGAUAUCGAGAGCGACUACAUGGUUGAGCUUGCAAAUUACACAGUGGACGAGCACAACAUAAAGAAAAAAACGAACCUGGUAUUCAAACAAUUGUUCAGCGGCUUCAAACAGGCAGAAUCGGGACUUGAGUACGCACUGUUUGAAGAAGCCACCGAUUACGGGAAUUGCACCACAGCUGUCAGGAACAGUUGCGGUGUUGACGGGAACUACACCGCGGUUGUGAAGGUCCUGGAGUGGUACACACAGCUCGUGUCCUUUACUAAGAAUAAAAGAAUGAGGUUAGAAGUGUGGUGA